AUGAACUCGACCACGAACCCGACCGCCACGCAGCUGUAUGCCAGCACGGACUUCUCCCAGCUCAACUGGGCAGAGGCCCUCUGGGCGUCCUGGUACAUCUACUGGGACAACCCGAUCUUUGCGACCGGGCUCGCCAGCUUCCUCCUGCACGAGAUCGUGUACUUUGGUCGCUGCAUCCCCUGGAUCAUCGUCGACGCGAUCCCCUACUUCAACCGGUGGAAGCUCCAGCCGAACAAGGUCCCCACCGCGAAGGAGCAGUGGGACUGCACCAAGCAGGUCCUCUUCUCCCACUUCAUGGUCGAGCUCCCCGUGAUCUGGCUCUUCCACCCCAUGGCGGAGAUGUUCGGGAUGUCGACGUGGCAGGUGCCGUUCCCGCCGUGGCAGUCGCAGCUCGUCCAGCUCGCGUUCUUCUUCUUCUUCGAGGACAUGUUCCACUUCUUCGCCCACCGCGCCCUGCACUGGGGCCCGCUCUACAAGCACAUCCACAAGAUCCACCACACGUACUCGGCCCCCUUCGGUCUCGCGGCCGAGUACGCGCACCCGGCGGAGGUGAUGAUCCUCGGCACGGGCACGAUCGCGGGCCCGCUCCUCUACUGCGCCUUCCGGCACGACCUGCACAUCGUGACCGUCUACCUGUGGAUCACGCUCCGGCUCUUCCAGGCGGUGGACGCGCACUCGGGGUACGACUUCCCGUGGUCGCUGCAGCACAUCGUGCCGUUCUGGUCGGGGGCGGAGCACCACGACUUCCACCACAUGGCGUUCGUGAACAACUUCUCGACGUCGUUCCGGUGGUUCGACCGCCUGUUCGGGACGGACGACAAGUACCGGGAGUACCGGAAGCGGGUGACGGCGAUGAAGAAGCUGAACCUGACCAAGGAGGAGUUCGCGGCGAUGGAGCGCAAGCUGAUCCUCGAGGCGGAGCAGGAGGGUCUGCGGGCGGAGGCGAAGGUGGAGGCGUACUCGUUCGGGAAGCAAAAGACGCAGUGA